AUGAGUUCCUACCAGCAGAAGCAGCCCUCCAUCCCACCUCCCCAGCUUCAGCAGCAGCAGGUGAAACAGCCCUGCCAGCCUCCACCUCAAGAACCAUUUGUUCCUAUAACCAAGGAGCCAUACCCCACCAAGGUUCCACAACCUGGCCCCACCAAGGUUCCACAACCGGGCCCCACCAAGGUUCCACAACCUGGCCCCACCAAGGUUCCAGAGCCAUACUACCCCCAGAAUCCUCAACCAGGCGAAACCAAAGUUCCAGAGCCAUACUACCCCCAGAAUCCUCAACCAGGCCAAACCAAAGUUCCAGAGCCAUACUACCCUCAGCAUCCUCAACCAGGCAACCCUGUGUUUCCUGAGAAGGGUCACACCAAGCUUCCUGAGCCAGUUCACCCUAAGGUCCCUCAGCCUGGCCAGUCUAAGAUCCCUGAGCCAGUUCCUACAAAGGUUAUUCCUGGCCCAGCCCAGCAGAAGACCAAGCAGAAGUAA